CAUUGUUAUCACAUAAAAUGCACGUUUCUUUAUAGUACUGUUUCCCUCUCAGCAUGCCACCAAAAAAGCACGCAGGGACUCCUGAGCGCAUCCCUGAUUUGGCUCGAAAUCUGGAAUUCAAUCAGCUCAGUUUGAAUUGCGGCUCAUCCAGCUAGGGUAUCGUUUUCAUAGCAAGGCAGGAGUAUUCUCCACCUGGGCAGACUGUGAGAGGAUCACGUACAAAUACCCAUGGGCAUGCUGUAAUCUUCAAAUCUGGUGGAGAAGUUGUCCCUCAGCUGCUUGAUGAAAUCUUCCAUCACCUCUGUGACAAUGCUGCGGCCUGGUACAUCUGUCUGUCAUUUCGUUAGUGUGCUGAAGUAGAGCCAUGGAGUCGGUCUGGUGUCAGCUGCCUAUGGAGAGGACGACAUUAACUGGAUUGAGGAUGGCGACGACAAGGCAUCUGGAGACGAGGACAGCGGGGAGAGCUCCCGUAACUCUGUCGGUUCUCUUUCUCUUUCCAACUUAGUUAGUCUUUGUCACGCAGCACUCUGCUAGAGGUAUUUCUCAGUGUGUGUUGGGUCACUCAGGGAUGUUAACGCUUUGCAUUCUUGUCUUUGUAGGAAAUGGACGAGUCAGACAGGGUGGAGACACCGAUGAUUAUAAGGAGAUCCCAGAGGCAGAGAGGAGAGACCCCAAUGAGCUGGUCGCUCUGUUCUCAGAAAAAGUGAGGAACAUGUCACCUGACAAGAUCCGGAUCCCCCCUGAACCACCAGGACGCUGCUCCAGUCACCUACAGGUGAAGAUCCAGAAGCUGUAUGAGAAGAAUCUACAUGGAGACUUAGACACAAACAACCACAUUCAGAGGAAGAAAGAGUUCAGGAAUCCCAGUAUCUAUGAGAAACUCAUCCAGUUCUGUAGCAUAGAUGAACUGGGAACCAACUACCCUAAAGACAUGUUUGAUCCUCACUGCUGGCCAGAGGACUCUUACUAUGAGGCACUGGCCAAAGCUCAGAAAGUGGAGAUGGAUAAACUGGAGAAAGCCAAGAAGGACAAGACGAAGAUUGAGUUUGUGACGGCCACUAAGAAGGGCAGCAACCCCACCAACGCAGCAGUUCCCACAACCAAUACGGCUGCUAGUACCGUGACAGAAGCUCAGAAGAGGAAGAGUAAGUGGGACUCUGCGGUGCUGACCCUGGCCCAGCCCGCCCUGCUCACUACCACGGCAACCCUGCCAGCGGUUGUCUCUGUGACGACCACCGCCAGCGGAACCAAGACCACUGUAAUCUCUGCCGUAGGCACCAUCCUGAAGAAAGCCAAGCAGUGAACAGGGAGGAAGUGUGUGUUUUUGGAUGGAUGAGAGGAUAGAAGAGAGGAUGGAUGGAUGAGAACGUGUGUUAGCGAGAGAAGUGUGUUAGGGUGUAUGGUCCUGUGUGACUGUAUUGUUUCAGAGAGAAUGUCUUCCCGACAAUAUAGAACAUUUCUAUAUUCAUCAUCAGCCAUACAAGACUUCUGCAUCUCUCCUUCUGUUUCUGGGAUGUUUGAUCUACAGGUCAAUGGACUCCAUCCUGACUUGAGAUUUAUUUAUAUCAACGUGAGAUUCCUCUUUCAUCCAGCUCUCCAGUGAGCACUCUGUUGAAGUUAUGCAUUGAUCUGUUUUGUGUUUGUCAGCAAGAAACUGAGUUUAGAUGUUAGCUUCAAGACUGUCCGUUGGAAAACCAUCCUACCUAGGAAGUAACCUAGUUAUGGCAUAAGUUACUAGUCUCAUGUCUGAAACUCGAAGAGUUAGUCUCUCGCUUCCCAUCCUCCAGUAAAGUGGUUUCUACCCACCUGUUAUGGUAACGUGUAUAUAUUUGUAUUAUAUCUGGGCUGUGUUUUGACCAUGUACUGGAAUGUGGUCUAGUGAAGAUGAAAGAGGAAUACUCAGACUAUGGAUAUUUGCAUCAAUGUUCUUUGCCUCAUUUAAUUUAAUUUUAAAUGGCCUAUUGGAAGAGCUUAGGAGGAAUCCUUUUUUACAAAUGUACAUAUAUAUUGCUGCUGAUGAUGGUAUGAUCAAUAAAACAAACGUCAUACUGCCUUUUCAA